AAGCGGAAGCGGAAGUUAAGGGUACAUGCUAACGAAAGUUAGCAUUUUCGUUGCCACCGGUGCUCCCAGGCUUAGUCUGUGCUUGUAGUGAAUUCGCGGUGUUCACAGAAGAGUCGCGUGUAUUUGUGUGUAUGUUUUAAAGCGUUAAACUGCGUAAACUAAAUGUGUUUCGCUAACUAGCGCCAAUCACCGAGGUAGUGUUAGCUUAGCUCCACUGUUAGCUUGGUUGUCGCUAAUGCUUUGUUGACGCCUGGCUGCAGAGACGAAAGUGAAGCUGCAUCAUGGCGGACCCUGCACGAAUCAAAUCUGAUGACAAACCUGAGAGAACAACUUCUGCCGCAGAGGAUCAUUCUAAAGCAGAAGAAACCGAAGAUGCAGCAAAACCCGCGCAUGACAGCAAAGAGUCGUCCUCGCAAGAUCAGUCCAAACAGGAGGUUAAAGCUGAAACAGCAGCUGGAGAAGAUGAGGAGGAAGGAACCUCCGGCCAGCCUUCUUCCAAAAGACUGAAGGUGGAACCAGAGAAGAAGAAGGAGAAACGUCUCAAGGUUGAUGAGGAUGAAAUACAGAAGAUGCAGGUUCUGGUUUCGUCCUUUUCUGAGGAGCAGCUGAAUCGCUAUGAGAUGUACAGACGCUCGGCCUUCCCCAAGGCUGCUAUCAAAAGGCUGAUCCAAUCCAUAACAGGAUCAUCGGUGUCUCAGAAUGUAGUGAUUGCCAUGUCUGGUAUUUCAAAGGUUUUUGCUGGGGAAAUUGUUGAGGAAGCAUUGGAUGUUUGUGAGAAGUGGGGAGAUACACCACCUCUUCAGCCCAAACAUAUGAGGGAAGCAGUGAGGAGGUUGAAGAGCCGAGAUCAGAUUCCCAACACCAAGUAUAAGAACAUUCUCUUUCACUGAGGCACCAGAGUUUGACAUUGUUUGGGGAUCAUGGAGACAGAGGAUCAGCUGCGAUGAAAACGUUGGGCCAUCACAUGUCAAAAUCCGGUCACGGGAAACCACGUUAACGAUGCUGCAGCCGACCAGUGGCUGAUAACUCUAGCUCAGUGUUGACUGCAGCUCUGAAGAAUGGUGAACGCAGCAGCAGAGUAAACCUGCCAUUCACCUCUUGUUGUCAAAGCAUAAUUACAUUUAAAUUUUAUAAAAUUAUAUUCAUGUAUUAUGGUUGUAAAUAGUUUUUCCUUGAAAAGUAGUAAUGUUUUGUUUUGGUGCCAUAGUUAUUCUUUAUGACUCAGUGAACUUUGGACACAUGGUCACACAUAAGAUUGCAUCAGUGGUGAACCUUUGUCUCUUGUUAAUUUCCAAUCUGUGAGCGUGAGGAGGACAUUAGGUUUUAUUUGGAAAUAUGUGACACUAACUCCUCCAGUACUAGUUCAAUGACUGUAACGACAGUUUGAACAGACCAUGUUUUAUACCUCUGAAGAAUUGCGUAAUCUAUUAAAUCACAAAGGCACAACUGAAGAGUGUUCAGCAAUUCAUUUAUUCUGUCACUGUUUUAAAAUAUGUUCCACAUACUUUGGUUCACAGAACCAGUUUUAUAUUAGUCUCGAUGAAGUGGUAAAGACGAUACAAAAUUCAAUGUAAUUCUACAUAAAUGACAAAAAAAUACUGUCCACAGGGGCUGCGACAUCUGCGCCACUCUGGAAGAUAUCACAAGGAGUCCGCUGCAAUCCUCUGAAGUGAUUUACAUUAAAACAAGUGCAAUCUCCAGUGAAGUUACUACACAAGUGCAAGUAAUUCACAAGGCAUAUACAACAUACACGAC